UACUUCCAUUCUCUCUUCAUUAACACACUCAUAACUCUUAACUCCUACUCUCACCUUUUACCCACCCUUUUUUUCUCCUUCUUUCUAAAAACCACCCGCUCGCGCCGCCGUACACGACGGCGAUUUCCGAAUCGGAACCUACUGGAACUCCAAACUGCAGCUCCUUUCUCCGAUUCCAUGUGUUUCUCGCUCUCCGCCACUUCCGUCGUCGUCGCCGCACGCCGCCACGACUAACGGAUGGGUUGCGUGUUCGGGAAGCCGUCCGGUAACGAAGCUCAGCACCGUCACCGGAGCAAACAGAGAAGCUCUGCUCGCGAUGCAAGCGAUAAUAGUGAUAUUAAUAAUGCCGUUAGGGUUCGGGAAAAGCAGAGGAACCGCCGGAACUCCGGCGGCGAUGUUCCGGUAAGCCUUCCGGCACCGGAACGCCGGAAGCCGAGGCUCGAUCCGUUCGCGGUUACUCAGCAGGGAUGGCCGUCGUGGCUUAUGGCCGUCGCCGGCGAAGCAAUCGGCGAUUGGACUCCUCGCCGCGCCAACACCUUUGAGAAACUCGCUAAGAUUGGGCAAGGGACUUAUAGCAAUGUGUAUAAAGCAAGGGACCUUUUGAGUGGAAAGAUUGUGGCUUUGAAGAAAGUUAGGUUUGAUAAUUUGGAACCUGAGAGUGUGAAGUUCAUGGCUAGAGAGAUUCUUGUUCUGAGGAAGCUUGAUCAUCCAAAUGUUGUGAAGCUUGAGGGAUUGGUCACUUCAAGAAUGUCUUGCAGCCUUUACUUGGUUUUUGAGUAUAUGGAACAUGAUCUUGCAGGUCUUGCAGCUGGUCAAGGUGUCAAGUUCACUGAACCUCAGGUCAAAUGCUUUAUGAAGCAAUUGCUCUCAGGCCUUGAGCAUUGCCACAGCCGAGGUGUAUUGCACCGUGAUAUUAAGGGUUCCAAUCUGCUUAUUGACAACGAAGGAAUCCUUAAAAUUGCAGAUUUUGGAUUGGCAACUUUCUUUGACCCUAAGCAGAAGCAGGUCUUGACGAGCCGAGUUGUAACUCUCUGGUAUCGUCCCCCUGAGCUGCUUCUUGGAGCCACAUUUUAUGGUGUUGGUGUUGACCUUUGGAGUGCUGGUUGUAUCUUGGCAGAGCUGCUUGCUGGGAAGCCAAUCAUGCCUGGCCGGACAGAGGUUGAACAACUGCACAAAAUAUUUAAGUUAUGUGGCUCUCCAUCUGAGGAAUAUUGGAAGAAAUAUAAAUUGCCAAAUGCUACAAUUUUUAAGCCACAGCAGCCAUAUAAACGUUGCAUCACAGAAACUUUCAAGGAUUUCCCCCCAUCUUCAAUACCUCUGAUUGAAACUCUUCUUGCAAUAGAUCCUGAUGGUCGUGGCACUGCCUCAGCUGCUCUAAAUAGCGAAUUCUUUACAACUGAGCCCUAUGCUUGUGAACCUUCGAGUUUACCAAAGUAUCCUCCCAGCAAAGAACUGGAUGUAAAACUAAGAGAUGAAGAAGCAAGAAGGCAAAAAGCUCUACAUGGAAAGGCUAAUGAUGGUGCCAAAAGAGUCAGAGCACGUGAGCGUGGUCGAGCUAUUCCGGCCCCUGAAGCUAAUGCAGAGAUCCAAACAAACUUAGAUAGGUGGAGAGUAGUGAACCACACAAAUGCAAAGAGCAAGAGUGAGAAAUUUCCACCCCCUCAUCAAGAUGGAGCUGUUGGAUAUCCACAAGAUGCAUCUUCACAAAAAGGGCCUGUUUCAUUUGGUGCCACUGACACUACUUCCUUUGGCUCAGAGACAUUUGAUUCUAAACAAUCUCAUCAUGAUGGAACUCAUAGAGGUAGGAAAACCAGAAAAGAAGACUCAAACACUGCCUCAUCAUGGAAAUUCAUGCGUCCAUUCAAACCAUCAACAGUUGGUCUUUCAAUGGAUUUAUUAUUUAGGAGCAAAUAAACAAACCAGUUUCAUUUUGAUUUUGGUGGCAUCCUGGAAUGAGUUAAAGCAAGCAACGUUUGAGGCCUUGAUUAAUUUAAUAUAUAUAUUUUUUUCAUGA